AUGGUGGGCUUGAAGAAGUUCUUCAACACUUCCCCGCGUUCUGGAAGGAACGAUCCAAGAGGCCCUGCAGCCCAAGACCUGAAUUCAUCGUCCGGCUCGAGCGAUGUUUCUUACGCUGCGUCUGCGGCCUCUUCGACUCCUGGGGCCAGGUCGCCUUUCUCCCCUGAUCUGAAGCACGCUGCUAGGCUGGACGCCAAUCAUCAUUUCCUUGGGAUAGAGAGACAGUUUGAGCGAUUACACGAGCAGUUUCGCUCUAGACCCCUGUCUUCAAUAUCCCAGCUCCGUUACAAUUCUACGGAUGCCUGGACAACACGAGCUCCAAGGCAUGUCGAUGUCAUUGAAGCCUUGUUUUCGUCGCAUCGUUAUCGGAUGCCCUCGAAAUCAUUGUCCCCUACGACCCCGUACAAUGAAGAUGUCGCAGAUCGCAACCUGCAAUCCCCACCGCACCGAACCCCCGAACGAAAUGCCUACUCCCGGAUCGUAUCGCAGAUAUACCAAGAAGACGUGGCGGAUCGGAACAUUGCCAAGUCCAUAAGCAAUGCUUCGCUCAGAAGCUCGCAGUCAAGUCAAAAAGCUUGGAAAUCUCAGCCUGUGACGGGUCAUGUGCCUGGGUCAGAAUCCAUGCGUCGCGGCCAGAGGAAUCGAGAGCUACACGGCACACCACGGACGAGCUCUUCUUUCGAGAAUUUACAUCAUACUUCUCAGUCUCCUGAGGACAAUGUCGGGACAAGGUCUCUGAGCAGAACCGAGACGACUCUACGGCCGCAGGUUUCAGCGCCUAACCUGUCUGGUGAUCGUGGCUUCCGGAGGUCUUUGGUUACUUCAGCCUCUGGCGGUUCGGACAAUUCAGCGGGAAAUGAGUCAACAGACAGACCCGAGAUGGUGCACGUCUCACCAAGUCCAGGAGAUGAACAGGCUGCCAAGGAGGAUGCGAAAAGAACCCAGACUCGAGAUUCUGCAAGACUAAGCCCAGACGACACUGGACGAGACGCAAGCCGACCAGAUUCUUCCCGACCAGCUUCUAGAAGGAAGGCGCGGGACCUCUCGAUAAAUGUAGAGCUGGCAUCCUCACAGAAGCCUGCGAUCAAAAUAGAACAUUGUGAGGCUCAACCGCAAAUAUCCGACCAUCCCUCAAUCGCUCAAAACGCCAGUAUCGCCGAGAUCGUGAACAGUCCAUUGCCAGCCGCGAGUCCCAGUCCCCUCACACCACCGCCACAGCAGUCACCCAGCUACAACGUGGAGGAGAUUAUGAACAUGUUCAAACAAGCCUAUAUAAGCACCCAGGCCACGAGCCCUAAUCCCACUUUUGAGACUCUGCAAGAUGCCAUAAUCCGCGAAAUCAAUUCUCACGAUGCAUUCCGCCGCGUCCCGGUUCCUGAUCAAGGGCCUCCGUUUACUCCGCCGGCAUCCCAGGAAGGCUUCGAGGAGGAAAUAUUGCAACCGCCUCCAGGGCCUUCAAGAUCGGCCAGAAAUUCAGCAGAAAGGGAAAGUCAAUUCUCAAAACUGAUUCGUAAAGCGCCAUCCAUUCGCCGGAGGGGGAAGAGUCUCUCGUCAACAAAUAAUAAUCCCAAGAGCCAGGACAAAACACCCAAACGAGAAAACCAAUCUUCCCGAGCCAAAAGAAGGCAUACAUAUGCCCAACCUCCUUCGGCUGAUUGGAUUCGGACGUUCCAAUCAAACGACCCGCAAACAACGGGGCCAGCCACUACGAGGCCUCCGGAUGUCCCUGCUGAAAAUCAUCAUCAGCGACCCUUUUUUAAACAUCAUCUGAAGAGGAAAUCGGACCCGGUUCCGCCCAGCCCAGGCAUUGAGGGAUUUUUCGAGACCUAA